GCUUACGCUUGAGACGCUGCUUGCUACCGGGGUAACGGAGUUUUGAGGUUGCACGGAAUGUUGCCGGUGUAGCAGGAACUCCCGCCAUUUUUUCAAUCGCCUACAAACCUUCUUGUUUGUUUAUGUAAUCGAGACUUCAUUCAAAACGACAUCUACACGGUUUGCGCUCGCCAACGAUAGAAAAAGUUGUACGUCUCUCUGGCCUGCACAACACGGAGUUGAGUGGUUGAAGAAAGCCCGCCAUACCAGCUCUGACGGGCCGCCUCCGCUCCAGUCGCGUUUCGCGCGUUUACCCCGGCACUUCAAGAGCUUCCGUUCCUUCACAACACUUUUACAGCCAUAUCACCAUGACCCCAUGGUCUCCUCCGAACCAGCGAGUUUCACAGAGAAGAUGUAACUGAUCAACAAAGCCGCAGUUUGUUUAGGUUUUGUUUUCACUCGCUUCGCGGAAAAAGUAAAGCGACGAGCGCUAGCCUAGCCCCGAUGCUACGCCGCUGAGACGCAAGGAUUUCACGGGUUAUUCAGUUCAAGCUGAGAUCGAGAAGUUCACAUUACCGACAGAUACCUCAAGAAACCUAGCAGUCCGCGAUGGCACCGUUGCUAGGACGAAGGCCCUACCCGCUGGUUAAGCCGCUGUCGGAGCCGCCGGGCCCAGGAGAGGAGGUGUACAUCAUCGAGCACACUAAAGAGGCCUUCAAGAACAAAGAAGAGUACGAGGCUCGGCUGCGCAGAUAUGGAGAGCGGAUAUGGACGUGCAAGAGCACCGGCAGCAACCAGCUGACACAUAAGGAGGCCUGGGAGGAGGAGCAGGAGGUCACUGAGCUGCUUCAGGAGGAGUAUCCAGUGUGGUUCGAGAAGCCUGUUUUGGAGAUCGUGCACCAUAACACAGUAUCUCUUGAUAAGCUAGUUGAUCUGGCCUGGGUGGAGAUUCUCACAAAGUAUGCAGUUGAUGAGGAGUGUGACUUUCUGGUUGGCAAGGAAAAAACAUUGCGUGUGAAAGUGGUAAAGAUUCAUCCUCUGGAGACCCCACCAGAAGAACAUACAGAUAAAAAGAUGGAAGGUGCUUGUGAUUCUCCAUCCAGUGAUAAAGAGAACGCCAGUCAGGAGAACCAAAAGCAGGAGCCCAAAUCCAAAGAAGAGGAGAACAGAAGAGAGAGUCUCGCUGAUAGGAUGCGUCGCUCACCCAGAAAAAGCACCACCAGUGUGAAAGAAGAGAAAAAAAAGUGGGUGAUGCCCAAAUUUCUGCCCCACAAGUAUGACGUCAAACUUGUGAAUGAGGACAAAGUCAUCAGCGAUGUCCCCGUAGACAGCCUGUUUAGAACGGAGCGACCUCCUAACAAAGAAAUCAUGCGGUAUUUCAUCAGACACAACGCAUUGAGGUUGGGCACGGGUGAGAGCGCCCCCUGGGUGGUGGAGGAUGAACUGGUUAAAAAGUUUAACCUGCCAAGCAAAUUCAGUGACUUUUUACUGGACCCACAUAAGUUUUUGGCAGAAAACCCAUCGGCUAAGAGGAGAAGCAUGUGCUCGCCCGAAGCUAAAAGUAAUAAGAAGCAAAAAACGGGGGAGUCGGGAAAAGAUGGCGAGGGAAUGAACGUUAAAGGGGAGAAGAAAAAGAAGGAUUCACAGAACGUACCACUUAGUCCAACCCUUUGGGAACACAUGCAGGUGAAAAAAGUGAAUGGAUCUCCUUUAAAAAUGAAAAACUCGGGUACAUCAAAGAAAUCUGAUGAUGAAAGCUUCCUGACCACUCCAAAAUCCAGCAAAAAGCAGGGGGACAAGAAACAAACUGAUGCCAAAAGAAGACGCAAGAGUGGAGUCCACAAGACUCCCAAUGGCCAGAGGUCCGGCAAAAAAGAGGACAAAAACUCCAAGAAACCGAGAAUGAAGCAGAUGACUCUUUUGGAUCUCGCCAAAAGUUCACCUGCGACGGCAAGCCCGAAGAAGCGGGCAAGAAGUUUAAGUACUGGCACCCCCAAGCUGGGCAAACCCUUGCCACCGAUGGCCCUGCAUCUUCUUCGCUUUUACAAAGAAAACAAGGGCAAAGAGGACAAAAAGUCCACUUUGUCAUCGCUUGUGUCUAAGGCAGCAAAGACUUUGUCGGCAGAGGAUCGUGGGCGUCUCCCCGAGGAGCUGAAGGAGAUGGUUGAGAAGCGCUGGGAGGUUUUUGAACAGAAACGCCGCUGGGCCCUCUUGAGCGACGAGGAGAAACAGGACAUGCUUCGACAGAAGCGUCAGGAAGUGAAGCGGAAACUGCGUGAAAAGGCAAAAGAAAGACGCGAGAAGGAGAUGCAGGUGAGGCGGGAGAUGUCACGACGCUUCGAAGAUCAGGAGCUCGACGGCAAGCCCCUGCCCGCGUUCCGCUUGUUCGACAUGCCCGAGGGCCUGCCCAAUGCCCUUUUUGGUGACAUAGCCAUGGUAACGGAAUUCCUCAGCUGCUAUUCCGGUCUCCUGAUGCCUGACGACCAGUAUCCCAUCACCUCCAUCGCUCUGAUAGAGGCGCUAGCCGGGGAGAAGGAGGGAUUUCUCUACUUGAACCGUGUGCUGGUUGUGCUGCUUCAGACUUUACUUCAGGACGAGCUGGCCGAAGGCUACAGUGAACUUGGCAUGUCGCUAUCCGAAAUUCCUUUGACCUUGCACUCGGUAUCCGAGCUUGUGCGCCUUUGCCUGCGGCCGUCAGAUGCUCACGGAGAGGAGAGCGUCCGCAGUUCAGAGGACUGGCCGCCCGGCGGCGGCUAUGAUGACGUGGUGAGCAGCGAGUUUCUGGAGAAGCUCGACACGUCAGAGGUGUUUGAACUGACGCCUCAGGAGAAGGUCAGCCUGCUGGUGGCGCUUUGCCAUCGCAUCCUCAUGACCUAUUCGGUGGAGGAUCACAUGGAGGCCACGCAGCAGCGAUCGGCCGAGCUGUGGAAGGAACGAUUCGCCAUGCUUAAAGAGGUCAAUGAUCGCAAAAAGGCAGAGAAGCAGAAACGCAAAGAGCAGAUGGAGGCGAAGACCGACGCUGGAGGAGAGAAGAAGAAAGAGGCAAACGUAAAGAAAGAGGCGCAGAACGUUCCUAAAGUAGAGCCGGAGCCAGAAGACAUGAUCAGCACGGUCAAGAGCAGACGCCUGUUGGCCAUUCAAGCCAAGAAAGAUAAAGAAGAGCAGGACCGGCUAAACAAAGAGCGUAUGGAGAAGGAGGCCGAGGAGGAACGCAUCAGGAGGCAGAUUAUGGCGGUGGAGAAAGCCUUUCAGGAUGGGGUCACCAAAGCCAAACUAGUCUUGAGAAGAACACCGCUGGGCACAGACCGCAAUCACAACCGAUACUGGCUGUUUUCUGACGUUGUUCCUGGGCUGUACGUUGAGAAGGGCUGGGUGCAUGAGAGUAUAGACUAUACCUUCACCCUGCCGCCUCAGGAGGAACCAGUGCCAUUAGAGGAACCGGUGCCAUCAGAGGAAGAUGAAGAGGUGAAGAAAGAAGAGGAAACAGACGCUUUAGACGCAGAGAAAGAAGAUGAAGGCAGCAUAGCAAGUGCUUCAAAUGAAAACGGCCAGCAGGGGGCGCCAGUGCCCGAGACUUGUAUCGAGACCACUGUGCCCAAACAAGGCCAGAACCUCUGGUUCGUGUGUGACGCACCAAAAGAUCUAGAUGAACUAAUAGAGUGUCUUCAUGCUCAGGGAGUGAGAGAAAGUGAACUCAAACUCAGGUUACAGGUCCGAUAUCAGGACGUCUUGCACUCUAUCAAUCUCACAAAAAAAGGAAACCCCGGUCUGAAGACUUGUGACGGACACCAGGAGCUGCUCAACUUCUUGCGCAGCGACAUCAUCGAGGUGGCCUCUCGUCUGCAGAAAGGAGGUCUUGGAUACGUGAAUGACACGUUUGAAGACCAGGUGCAAGAGCUGGAGAAACUGCAGGAUUUCGGAGAGCGCGUGAUCACCCUGCAGGAGAGCGUCAUCCAGAAGUUUCUACAGGGCUUCAUGGCACCCAAACAGAAGAAGAAAAAGAAGACCGGAGAAGAGGGGAGCACGACAGCCGAGGAGGUGGAUGAUCAGAAGAGGCUGGCUGAAGAGGCCAGGGUAGCGACGGCGGUGGAGAAGUGGAAAUCUGCCGUGCGUGAAGCUCAGACGUUUUCCCGCAUGCACGUGCUGCUCGGCAUGCUGGAUGCAUGCAUCAAAUGGGACAUGUCUGCAGAAAACGCCCGCUGCAAAGUGUGCCGCAAAAAAGAUGGGGAGGAUGAUAAGCUCAUACUGUGUGAUGAGUGUAAUAAAGCUUUCCACCUGUUCUGUCUGCGUCCUGCGCUGUAUCGCAUACCGGCGGGUGAAUGGCGGUGCCCGGCCUGCCAGCCAAUGACUGCCCGACGCAGCUCCAGGGGCAGAAACUACAAAGAGGAGAGUGAGGAGGAGGACAACUCUGAGGGAGAAGAGGAAGAGUCUGAGGAGGAGGAGGAAUCUGAGGAAGAGGAAUACAGGGACACAGGCCACAGUUUGAGGCCAAGGAGAAAGUUGAAGCAGACUGCGAAACCCAAAGCACAGAGUAAACCACCACCGAAGAAGAGUUCGCCUCCUAGUGCCAAACCUGCGCCCAGACCACCACCUAGAUUACGAGUGGACCCUGAUGAACAGAGUAAACCACAACAGAAGAAUUCACCAUCCAAUGCCAGGCCUGCUACCAGACAAGCACCUAAAACACGAUCAUCGCAGAGUCACACUACUGACACUGAUGAACCGAGUAAACCACAGCAGAAGAAUUCACCAUCCAAUGCCAAGCCUGCUACCAGACAAGCACCUAAAACACGAUCAUCACAGAGUCACACUCCUGACGUCGAUGUACCGAAACAACAACAGAAGAAUUCGCCCUCCAAUGCCAAGCCGGCUGCCAAACCAGCAUCUAAAUCACGACCAGCACCGAGUGACCCUGCUGACAUUGAUGAACUGGUCCAACAGAGCUCCAGGAUUUGGACGAAGAAAGAAGUGGCUGAGCUGGGGAAAUGUAGGGAGAUCCUUCAAAAGCUCAUAAAAUUUCGCCACAGCUGGCCCUUCAGGGAUCCAGUGUCUGCCGAGGAGGCUGAAGAUUAUCGAGAAAUCAUCAGGCGCCCAAUGGACUUCACCACCAUGCAGAACAAGUUCAAAUCCUCCCAGUACUGCAGCAUCUCCAAUUUCUUGGAGGACAUAAAGCUCAUCUUCUCCAACGCAGAGGAGUACAACCAGCCCAGCAGCAACGUUCUGACCUGCAAGGAACGCACGGAGGAGGUCUUUGUUGAGCUCCUGCAAAAGAGCCUUCCCGGGGUCAACUACCUGCGCCGUCGAUUGCGCAAACGCCUGCCCACUCCCUCCCAGGAAAAUGAUGAUGAUGAUGAUGAUGAUGAUGAUGACGUGGUGGUGGUGGAGGAGAUACAAAACGGGAAGCAUGCAAGUUCCAAACAAAACGAGGAGGAGGAUGAUGAUGACGACGACGAAGAAUACUCAGGCCAGAGGAAGACAAGGAAGAGUGCCAGACGCAAAAAUCAAUCGGAUAGCGAGGGAGACGAAGACGAGGAGGACGGAAGGAGAAAGAGCAAGCGGACAAACCGGAAGGAUUAUCGGGAGCAGGACAGCGACAACGAGAGGGACGCCAGGAGAACCGGACUGAGGCGGCCGGCACGAGCCGUAACGUACGACAAGGAAACCGGCAGCAGCGAUGAGGACUCGGCCGUACAGCGACAUUCCAAGAGGCAAAAACGCUCGUGAAGACCCAGGGUGCUCCUUUUGUGUUAUUUGUAUUCUUUAUCGUAACCCAUUCUGUUAUCCAGAACAUAAACUACCCCGCUACACUUACCCUAGUGUAGAUUAUUUCUGUUUAUUUGAGGUUUUAUGUUAAUAUUUUGGAGAAAACUGAUUUAUAUUUCUAAGUUGAUUUAAUAAUGGUGACACAAAUUAAGAUUUGCAUUGGAAUUGAGAUGUCAUCUCCUUUGAGCUCUUAAGACUUUUUUCAUUUCAAGUUUGACUUAAAAAACAAACAAAAAGGAAAAAACCACUUGUACACCCAAACAAAUGAACUAAUUGGGUUGCAAUGCCACGUAGUCGUGUCUCACUUUGAGGACAUUGAUUAAAAGUUUAGCUGCAGAAGUUUCAGCGAUUAUUAUUAUUUUUUUGACCAUAGUUUAACAAUGAUCUAGCAGAAUGAAACCGGUAGGGCUGGUACCAUACACCUCAACAUAAGGCCUUUUCAAGUGAAGUCACCAUUGACUAUUCAAGACCAGACACAGAAUGUAAAAAAUGACUUUGUGACUUUUGUAUGUCAUCUGACUCUCCUGUGAGCUCUUUUGAUUGGCACUAAACCCCCAUGGUGGUAUGAUCUCGAAUUUGAAGUUAUCUCCGUUUCUUUUGGAUGUGCCACAAAAAGUUUAUUUGGGUGUAGUGGCCCUGUUUUUGAAUAAAAAUGGCUUAAAGCUGGAUUAUGCAGGCAUCUGGAUGGUCCAUUUAUUUUGAAAGCUUAAAAUGUGUUCAUAUUCUAGCUGUCCCCUUGUAGUUAAACUGACAAUUGAAUGUUACAAACCAACUCAAGUCUGAUUUACCAUCAAUAACUAAUUCAUCUAUUUUAUUUCCUCUUGCCUGUUUUAAAAAACACAAUAUUACCAGCAUAUGAUGGGUGCAGACCCACAUAUCAGAUUAUUAUUAUUAUUCCUCUAACAUUUUACAUGAUGAUGAUGUUGAUUGUAACCACAAAAGCACCCUAGUGGUUUAGGUGUUAAGUCUGUAGUCAUGUUAUAUUUCUCCACACAUCAUAUCUUAUCCCCUCAGCCACAUCUGGAUUUAACUAAUGGAGGUUUCUGCUUAAACGUCCUAUGUUUGAUUGAUAUCACUAUUUCUCUACAUUUUUGUUUGCGCUUUACAGGAUGUUACCCAUCACAGAAUGGACACUAUCCGUGUUGAAUGUCCACAUGGCUUCUGUCUUCAGGGGUUAAAUAAGUCUCACAGGUGUAGAUGCUUUCUUUCAGGUUGUGGAGGUGCCAGUGGUGAUCAAAUACAGCUUUCGUAUGGAUUUAUAACUCUGCAACCUGUUAGGGAAACUUUAAACUUUAAGGAUCUCCUUUUUUCACCCGCCGCAGGAAUCUAGAGAUUUUUGUUUCCGAAAGUGUUUUUCUUUUUAUAAAGAUCCCUUUCAGUGUCACUGCCAGUUGUACAAUCUUGUGUUAUAUAAAAGGGAGGGGGCCGGUAGCUUUGGGGACAGAUUUUUUUCUUUAUGUAAUUUCUUUACUUUUUAAUAAAACAUUGUACAUUGUUCAA